GGGGCCGCGCAGGCGCCCUGAGCGGCGGUAGCGGCGGCGGCGGAGCUGGUGGUGGUGCUAACGGCGGCAGCUGUGAGGGGGUUCCGGGAAGAUGGUGCUGAUUAAAGAAUUUCGUGUGGUUUUGCCAUGUUCUGUUCAGGAGUAUCAGGUUGGGCAGCUUUACUCUGUUGCAGAAGCUAGUAAGAAUGAGACUGGUGGUGGAGAAGGAAUUGAAGUCUUAAAAAAUGAGCCUUAUGAAAAGGAUGGAGAAAAGGGACAGUAUACACACAAAAUUUAUCACCUUAAGAGCAAAGUUCCUGCAUUUGUGAGGAUGAUUGCUCCUGAGGGCUCCUUGGUGUUUCAUGAGAAAGCCUGGAACGCAUACCCUUAUUGUCGGACAAUUGUAACGAAUGAAUAUAUGAAAGAUGAUUUCUUCAUUAAAAUUGAAACAUGGCACAAACCAGACUUGGGAACAUUAGAAAAUGUACAUGGUUUAGAUCCGAACACAUGGAAAACUGUUGAAAUUGUCCACAUAGAUAUUGCAGAUCGAAGUCAAGUCGAACCAGCAGACUAUAAGGCUGAUGAAGACCCAGCAUUAUUCCAGUCAGUCAAGACCAAGAGAGGCCCUUUGGGACCCAACUGGAAGAAGGAGCUGGCAAACGACCCCGACUGUUCUCAGAUGUGUGCCUAUAAGCUGGUGACCAUCAAAUUUAAGUGGUGGGGACUGCAAAGCAAAGUGGAAAACUUCAUUCAGAAGCAAGAGAAAAGGAUAUUUACAAACUUUCAUCGCCAGCUUUUUUGUUGGAUUGACAAGUGGAUUGAUCUGACAAUGGAAGACAUUAGGAGAAUGGAAGAUGAAACUCAGAAAGAACUAGAAACAAUGCGUAAGAAGGGUUCCGUCCGAGGCACGUCGGCUGCUGAUGUCUAGAUGAGUCCCCUGUAGGGUCAGAGACAAUAUCAAACUGUUUACGUAAUCAAGGUCAAGUAAGGGGAACAAGUGCAGCCAGUGAUGAGUGAAGAAGAAUCUGACCAGUAUCUCACAGUGUUGAUGCUUUCCAGACGUGUGCUUGUGAUUAUGUUCUCACAUGCACAGGUUCCCAACCACGUGUGUAUAUAUGUUGGUGUGUGUGUAUCUGUAGCUGUAUAUAAAACGCAUGUAGAGCUACAGGUGAAGGUGCACACACUUGUGUAUAUAUGUACAUACAAACAUCCUGAAGGAAUUAGUACAAUUUCUCCAAAGUACUGUACCUAUCUUCAGCAAGAAUACAAAAGAAAAUAUUUUCAAUAUAUAUCUGGAACAGAUUUUAAUAAUUAUCAGAGUAAUACCAUUAAUGGACAAAUUGACUGCAGCUUAAUAGUAGCUGGUAUGUUUCAUAAAUGUCAAGUUGUGGACCAGUAUAUAUAUAGCUUUUUAUUACUGUUCUGUUAUUUUAAAUCAGUCUCUUACAAAUUUUUAUUUUAGUUCCAUUAGCAACAGACUCCCACAGAAAAACUUAUUCAAAAUCUUUUAUAUUCCAGUGAAUCUGGAAUGUAAAGUCUGAAUGUAUUUAUAAUGAUUUGUUUCUUGAUGGUCAUUCUCUUACAGCCAAAAUGGACAGUGUCUCUUAGUAAAGAGUAAACUUACAGGCCAAUUUUUACUUGUUUGCCCUGAGGGAAAAAUCCUUAAAAAAAAAAAAAAUUCUGGUUUUUAUUGGAUUUUUGUAUUUUAAAUUUCAAGUAUUUUUCUACAUCAAAUCUAGCAAAAAUGGAGAUAUGAUGGUUUGUAAUUUACAAUAAACACUUUUCAGGCUCCUGUAAGGCAAACAAAGAAAGUGAUGAAUUAAUAACAUUGUAGGCUGUUUAGAAAAAUUGGAAGUAGAGUGCUUCCACGGAGUCUUGUUUCUGGAAUGACUGUUUUCUGAAAUUACAGCUUAGAAACUAUGCAAAUGAUAUGAUUUCUCACAGCUCAUAUGACAAAAUAUAGGUAGUGAUGACGUUUUGCUCUUUUCAUACUGAAAUACACUUUUAGCGGGAGACACCACCGCCUUUGAGGUAGGAUGAAUUUCGGAGGCUGCACGAGGCUUGCCUGCCCACCGUUAGGAGGCCCUGCUGAGGGGCUGGUGUGCCUCCACCUGUUCAGAUGUGCUCUGUGGAGGACGUCACUGGAACACAUCCUGAAUAGGCAUCAGGAAAAUGCUGGUUAGAAACUGCCACCAUUUUUUUUUCUUUUUUUAAAGUAACAAUAGCUAGGUAUGAUUUUUAUCAGCUUUCUCUGUCUGAAUCCAGUCUUUCUGUCAGUCCUGGAAGCUUGACUAGAAUGAUACUGUUGAAGCCUUCAGGUCACAAACUGUCUUCUUUAACCUCUUGUCCCUCCUCCAGCAUGUCAGCCCCAGGAGUCAUAUCACAUUGGUAAUCUGGUUUGCUGACAGCCCUGCCCUCGCCGCUUUCCGUUUUCCCACAUGUCCUGUGUCCCCACUGAAGUGACUGCAGUGACUCAGACAAGGGUGUUUAGGAUGACUGCUGCAUCGCAAUGCCCUGUUAUCCUUGGCUACAAACCCCACAUUGCAUAUGUCCUCUGUGUACUCAGGAUCAAGACUGAUGUUUACUCUCUGGGCACUGUUGUAAGAUAGGUUUUGUCAGAGCAUCAUCAUUGUUUGCAAAGUGUUUGAUGCAAGAAAGAUGAUUGCUAAUUUUGUGAAAUAAAGAGUCUAGCACUCUCCUUUUAAUGAGCUUAACUCUCUCUGGCAUCUUAGCGUCAUUGGGAGCUGGGGCGCACAUAGAAAUGAGAGCCCAGCGCAUGUAUUUUAAUGUUUUUCUAACAACUGUGGAGAUUUGAGGGAAUGUGUGGUGAAUGUAAAAUAUCUAGUUUACUUGGCAGUCUCUUGUGUAAAUUACAGUAAAACAAAGUAAAUGAAAUUUAAACAAAAAAUAAAUUUGAUCACAAAAUGCCA